AUGUCUUCUCCGGCGUCAAUACUCCCUUUUCUCCUCCUCCCCCUUCUCCUUUUCACCUCCACCGCCAUUGCAGUCGUCGAGACGCCCACCGUGUACGAGGCUCUGCAAGACUACGAUUUUCCGGUAGGUCUGCUUCCGACAGGCGUAACAUCAUACACCCUGAACAAAGAUACCGGAGAAUUCGAGGUCAAACUUAGUGAUACAUGUGAAUUCUCCGUCUCCGGCUACGAUCUGAAAUACAAAUCAACGAUCAGUGGAGUGAUCAGUAAAGACAAACUGACGAAGUUGAAAGGGGUUAGUGUAAAAGUAAUUAUUAUAUGGGUGGAUAUAGUGGAGGUUACUCGAGAUAGCGAUGACCUGGAUUUCUCCGUCGGAAUAUUGUCAGCUGGAUUCGACGUUGAUCAAUUUGAGGAGUCGCCGGAGUGUGGUUGUGGGUUUGAUUGCGAUAGUUUAGAAAGUAAUUAA